UGCGCUUUUGUUUCCCUCUCUGAAGUCUGAACUCUGAAGCGAAGAGCAGAGAGUGGCCGGGGAGGCGGUUUUCGGAGGUAAUCUGAAGUGAAGAGAAGAGAGUGGGUUUCCAGCGGAAGGGCAUCGGUUUUCGGAGAUUGAUUUCUUAGUUGGCAGAACCCAAGUCAAAACCAUGGCAACCCCUACGUGUUUUUGUUUGAGCAAAGCCAUGGAUCCCGAUGCUGCGCGAACGGCGAGGGAGUCACUGGACCUGGUGUUCCACAUGUCGAACGUCCUGGACACGGGGCUCGACCGCCACACCCUCUCCGUGCUCAUCGCUCUCUGUGACCUGGGUCUCGACCCUGAGGCCCUCGCCGCCGUCGUCAAAGAACUCCGCAGAGAGCUGCAGACCUCUUCUUCGACCGCUCCGUCUUCUCUUUCCUAAAACAGGUUCGUUCGUCGUGGUUUGUCUUAGCCUUUUAUUUUCCAUGAUUGUGACUCGUAAACGUAUCUGGUACUCAAUUCGAAAGUGAAAUGACUAGGUUUUUACUUGUUUGUGUGUUGUGGGUGUCUUGUAACUGGUUGUUGAAAUUCCUAGGCGAGCAAGCAAACUUUUACCAUCAGCUUCUCUAUAAUAGUAUAAUCCCUUUCAUU